AUGUCUUCUCGCCUCAUAUUCCUCAUCAUUUACGCGGCUCCGCAAGGUCGACGUGCCCACUUUAGUAUAUGGGUUCCUGAGGAAGAAGAUGCGCCGGAGGGAACCAUCAUCCAUGUGAUUGGUGGUCCCCCGUUUGGAUUCAAGCUGGAAUUCAAACGCAAGUACAAACCAGAGGCUACCCAACGUAUCAAACAGGUGAUCCCAAUCGGGUCCGUCUUGGCAGAGCAUUUGCAUCACUCAGGAAGCAACCCUGGAGCGCAGGACAUGCCACGAAACAAUCUUGAGAGGGCAGCGACACAGAUCCAGCCGCCCAGAGCUAAUCCAGACUUCCUGACGAUACAGACGGCGAGUUCUGACUGCCAGACAUGGAUGUUGGAAUAUGUUCGUCGUCUUAUUGCUCUCGGAUACCUUGAUGAAGCGGCUAUAGACAUAGUUCAGUCAAACCAAGACCCACCGCAAGUUGGCAUUGGACUACGAUCCGUUGCUGAUGCGCAAAAAAAAACCAACAGCCCUGAGACGGUAGAAAGUGGGUUCGGCAGGAGUGAGCAGGCUUAA